AAUCGCUGCUGGAAAACCCAUCUCUAUUGCGAUACUGUGAUACGAGAGAGACCCCCCCCCCCACGUGACCGCUCUUCCCAGAUUGCCCUCGUAUCUGGUUAUUUUUGCCCCCCUCCUUUUUAAUCUCCUCCUAAAAUCGCUGUCAUUGCUCCAAACACCAUGAAUAUUCCUUUAAAGGAGAAACGAUAAAAAAGGAACCCUUUUCCAGAGGUAUUUCACGAGCGAUUCUCUUCCAUUUGCAAAUGCAAUUCAUCGAAAUCUCAAUCCAAUAAAAUUACUAUCCUCACCUUCCAAAUGAUUGUUUCCUUUUUUCAUUUUUUUUUUUCCCGAUUUCUCCUUUCUUUUCCCCCACUUUUAUAUCUUUGCUGCGAAUUCUCUGGAAUAUGGAAAGGAAAUUAGGGUUUUGAUAUUGUUUGGUUGUGUUCAUUAGAAGGAUUGGGUGACUCGUUGCGUAUCUCGUUUCGUUUUGUAAUUCUCCUCCGGCUUCAUGGAAAUUAUUCUACAAUGAGGCCAUUGGUUUUGCCCUGCUGCAUUUCGGAGAGACGUUCUUUUAAAUUUGGAUGAUCUUUUGCGGUUUUGAUUUGGAAUUCGGGAUAGCGGCAUGACCUGGUUAUUACAAAGAUUAUGAUACGAUGUGUGAUUAAAGACAUUGUAUCCUCCGACCUCGUAAUUGAGAUGCAUUUGUUGUUAUCAUAAAGACAUUGUUCUGUUUUGAAGGAAUUCGGUUUUUGCAUUCGCAAUAUGCUCUGGAGAUGCGAUAGUAUGUCGAGCGCUGGGAAAUGAUGUGAAUGACAUCAGGGACGAUGAAAGAAGCAGAGACAAAUGAUGAUGCGGCGUCUUUGCAUUCUACUUCAGUUUCACAACAGGCUUCAGAGGAGUCUGUUGGAACGGCUAGUGGAGUGGGCCCAAGAGCUUUGCCAAGGCCUUCGAAUGUUUCAUCGACAGGGCAAGGGCAGGGGCAUCGGCGCAGUAAUAGCUUUCAGUGCUGGAUGCAUCAGAUGCAGAAGGCUUGGAACUGGGUGCCCAGUACUAAGGAACCGAGUGUGAGGUUGGCUUUCAAUCCAGAGGUCUUAGUGAAUCAAAAGCGCCAGUGGUAUCAGCUUCAUUCACGCACGAUGGACCGUAAGCAACAGAUGGAGCCCACCUCGUUAUUUGAACAGUUUUUUAUUGUGGGCCUUCAUUCAGAUGCUAAUGUUGAGGCUAUUGAAGAAGGGUUUGCCAAAAGGAAGACAUGGGAGUUAGAGAUGGAGAAAUCCAACAUCUUGGACCUGAGAAAGCUCCAGUAUCGUGGGCCUCCACCUCCUACAUUGGAACCUCAGAUUCUUUUCAAGUAUCCUCCUAGGAAGAGGAUCGCCAUGCGGGUGAAAGAUCUACCUGCCUUUUGUUUCCCUGGAGGGGUGAAGGCACGCUUGAUGGAGAGGACACCAUCAAUGAGUGAUUUGAAUGAAGUUAUAUAUGGACAGGAGCAUAUGUGCAGGGAUGAUUUAUCUUUUAUUUUUUCUUUGAAGGUGGCAAAUGAUUCAACCUUAUAUGGUGUAUGCUUACAUGUUCAGGAAAUUGUGCAGAGGCCACCUGGUAUUCUAGGUUUUAUUUCACCAACACUUCAAUCUUCUGGUAGGUGCAGCCGGUUUUUGGUUUCUGCACCUCGUUGUUAUUGCAUACUUACCAGAGUGCCCUUUUUUGAGCUGCACUAUGAGAUGUUGAACAGUAUAAUAGCAGAGGAGCGUCUUGAAAGGAUCACACAAUUUGUCAGUGAAAUGACCCUCAUAGAUUGUGUUCCACCACUGGUUAGAACACAAGAUCAAAUGAAUGAGACUCCUGAAACCCCUAACAAGCAGAGUUCAAAUGAUUGGAUGGCUUCUGCAAUACCUGCCGACUGUGUAUUAGGUCUUACUAUGGCUUCCCCAGGCCUUACAUCAGACAAUGAGGUUCCUUCUCAGUCACUAAGGCAAUUGGAGCCCCACUCUCCUGAAAGCUUUUCUACCAGUGAGGCUUCAGAGUUUAGUCAGGCAAGAGAACUGGACAAGGAUAUGAGAAAGAACAUGCAAUCUUAUGAUGAUUGUUAUGCUUCUGAGACCUCAGGAUCCCGCUCUGAUAGUUCUGAGAUAAUAAAUGGAAGCUUUGAAAAUGGUCAAACUUCACCAGAGGUUGGGACAUUUAACUGCUCUGUCAGCCGUACAUUAGAGCGUGUCGGAAGUUCAGAAUCCAUAUUCAGUUCAGUAAGAAGCAUGGGUUCAGAGGAUGAUGAUAUUGAUGAAGUCAGUUCUGAGCAUGAAAGCACUGUUACAAAUGAACGAGUAAUGGAAUGGGCUAAGGAACACAAAAAUGAGUUGUUACAGAUAGUCUGUAGCUACCAUGCUCUGCCUCUGCCAUCACGUGGAGCUGAAAUAGUCUUUCAGCCUUUAGAUCAUUUGCAGCCAAUUAAGUAUACCCGACCUGGCCCAUCUGUUCUGGGCUUAAGUGGAAGUUACUCUGAAGUAUCCAAUUGUUCUUUAGAAGCUGCUGAAGUUAAUGCAAAGUUAGCAGCUGCUGAGGAUGCUCUUGCACUGUCAAUAUGGACCACUGCGACUGUUUGCCGUGCUCUAUCUCUUGAAAGUGUUUUGGCACUAUUUGCAGGAGCACUACUGGAAAAACAAGUUUUAGUCAUAUCCCCAAAUUUGGGUAUCCUAACAGCUACUGUGUUGUCAGUUAUACCCAUGAUUCGACCAUUUCAAUGGCAGUGUUUAAUGCUUCCAGUUCUACCAAGAAAGAUGAUUGAUUUUCUCGAUGCUCCGGUCCCAUUCAUUGUUGGUGUACACAGCAAACCAUCUGAUAUGAAGUCAAAAACUUCCAAUCUUGUCCACAUUAAUGUGCAGAAGGACCAGGUGAAGGCAUCUUCAUUGCCCCAGCUUCCUCGUCAAAGAGAACUUGUCACAGAACUAGGGCCGAUCCAUGCUAGACUUUCCUGUGAAAACUUCAUAGCCAAAAGGCAUCCUGUAUAUAAGUGUAAUGAAGUGCAGGCUGAAGCAGCCCAACAGUUUUUGAAUGUCAUGAGAAGCUACUUGGAGUCACUUUGUUCCAAUUUGCGGACUCACACUAUAACCAGUGUACAAUCAAACAACGACAGGGUAUCUUUGCUUCUUAAGGACAGCUUUGUUGAUUCCUUCUCUAGUAGAGACCGACCUUUUGUUAAGCUAUUUAUAGAGACACAACUAUUCACUGUUCUAUCAGAUUCACGGCUCUCGAGCUAUGAGCAUGAAUAGUUCUAACUAAAGGACCUGUGCCAAGUUUCAUACAUUAGUUAUGAGCUCCAACAUGUGAAGAGCAGGAGUCGGCAGUCACACAGUGCAAGCAAAGAAAUGCAGAGGAAGUUGACAGGAAUUCACUGGUCUUACUGCACAUAACACCGCCUCUGUCAGCCUUCAUCAAUCACCUUGUCUUGGAGCGCUUCAACAAGAAAUUAUUCCAUGCUGCAAAAACCACCCAAGCUGCAUUUGUAACAGAAUAAUCGCCGGCCUUGACACGAAUGCCUGCCUUGAAAGUCCCGGCCAAUAGAGUUGCCUGUAUCCCGAGCUUUAUUAAAGGGGAUAUGAUGUGGACUUAUCAAACUCUUCCAUGUGUCCAUUAAUUGUAAAUUUGUAGUUGAUUAACACGCUUCCAACAGAUCAAGAUUAUGCGGGCUUUAUAAGAAUAAAUCCAUAUUCUUU